UAGUGAUAGCCUGCAAUGAUUAUAGCACGUACCUUUUUGUACCUGAAGUUCCUGGUGGUGUGGGCACUGGUCCUCCUGGCUGAUUUUGUCCUGGAGUUCAGGUUUGAAUACCUGUGGCCGUUUUGGCUUUUCAUCAGGAGUGUCUAUGAUUCCUUCAGAUACCAGGGUCUGGCCUUCUCAGUAUUUUUUGUUUGUGUAGCGUUCACGUCAAAUAUAAUAUGUCUACUGUUCAUCCCUAUACAAUGGCUGUUUUUUGCUGCUAGCACCUACGUGUGGGUUCAGUAUGUAUGGCACACAGAAAGGGGAGUGUGUUUGCCCACAGUGUCCCUCUGGAUUCUCUUCGUUUAUAUUGAAGCAGCAAUUAGAUUUAAAGAUCUCAAAAAUUUUCAUGUAGACCUUUGUCGGCCAUUUGCUGCUCACUGCAUUGGGUACCCUGUGGUGACUUUGGGCUUCGGCUUCAAAAGUUACGUAAGCUACAAAAUGCGGUUAAGGAAGCAAAAGGAAGUGCAGAAAGAGAACGAAUUUUACAUGCAACUUCUCCAGCAGGCCCUUCCCCCAGAGCAACAGAUGCUACAGAAGCAAGAAAAAGAGGCCGAGGAAGCAGCCAAAGGACUGCCUGACUUGGACUCCUCGAUCCUCAUACACCACAACGGGGGCGUCCCGGCCAGCAAAAAGCUCCCCACGCCUUUGCCAGAGAUAGAAUACCGAGAAAAAGGGAAGGAGAAGGACAAGGAUGCCAAGAAACACAACCUUGGAAUAAAUAACAACAAUAUUCUACAACCUGUAGACUCGAAAAUACAAGAAAUUGAGUAUAUGGAAAACCAUAUCAACAGUAAAAGAUUAAAUAAUGAUCUUGUGGGAAGUACAGAAAAUCUCUUGAAAGAGGACUCAUGCACUGCUUCCUCAAAAAAUUACAAAAAUGCCAGUGGAGUUGUGAACUCCUCACCUCGCAGUCAUAGCGCCACAAAUGGGAGCAUUCCUUCCUCAUCUAGUAAAAACGAGAAGAAGCAAAAAUGCACUAGCAAGAGCCCAAGUGCACACAAGGACUUAAUGGAGAACUGUAUUCCUAAUAACCAGCUGAGCAAACCAGACGCACUGGUAAGGCUGGAACAAGAUAUUAAAAAGUUAAAGGCUGACCUGCAGGCCAGCAGACAAGUGGAACAGGAGCUCCGCAGUCAGAUCAGCUCCCUCUCCAGCACUGAGCGAGGGAUCCGCUCAGAAAUGGGCCAGCUCCGGCAGGAGAAUGAGCUGCUGCAGAACAAAUUACAUAAUGCCGUGCAGAUGAAGCAAAAAGACAAGCAGAAUAUCAGCCAGCUGGAGAAAAAGCUAAAAGCUGAGCAGGAAGCCCGAAGUUUUGUAGAAAAGCAGUUAAUGGAGGAGAAAAAAAGGAAGAAGUUAGAAGAAGCCACCGCUGCCCGGGCCGUUGCAUUUGCUGCUGCGUCGAGGGGAGAGUGCACCGAAACCUUACGGAAUCGGAUCAGAGAAUUAGAAGCAGAGGGCAAGAAGCUCACGAUGGACAUGAAGGUGAAAGAAGACCAGAUCAGAGAACUAGAACUGAAAGUCCAGGAGCUUCGGAAGUAUAAGGAAAAUGAGAAGGACACCGAGGUGUUAAUGUCAGCCCUCUCGGCCAUGCAAGACAAAACACAGCACCUGGAGAACAGUCUGAGCGCAGAGACGAGAGUCAAGCUGGACCUAUUCUCUGCGCUGGGGGACGCAAAGCGGCAGCUCGAGAUCGCCCAAGGACAAAUUCUUCAGAAGGACCAGGAAAUCAAGGACCUGAAACAGAAGAUAGCCGAAGUCAUGGCCGUCAUGCCCAGCAUAACGUACAGUGCCGCCACCAGCCCCCUGAGCCCCGUUUCCCCCCACUACUCUUCCAAAUUUGUGGAGACCAGCCCCUCCGGACUCGACCCCAAUGCCUCUGUGUACCAGCCGCUGAAGAAAUGAAGGCCAGCUGUGGGUUUUGCCCAGCCAUCUGGUUCCCAGGAGGCACCACAGGCAGCGUCUCUGGCAGUCACGAUAAAAAAAAAAAAAAAAAAAGUUUAUAUUGUAUUUUGUGGGACUGUAUAUGUUGUCGUUUUUAAAAAGGGGGGAAAGAUAACAUCCAAGUCUGAUUAGAACUGCCCAUCAGUUUUUCUUGUAAAUUUUUAGACGACCUCACAGAACUUUGCAGUUUAUUUUUCUCAGCCAAUACAUUAAAACCGUUCUUGGAUUUCAAGUA